AUGGGGAGAAGGAGAGACGAGGGGAACGCCUCUCUCUCACUUCUCUCUCUCCUCUUCUCUGCCUUCCUCCUCUCCGGCGCCGGCGGCGACUCCGGUCCCGAUUAUCUCUCCCUGCUCCUCGAGGUGAAGAGCUCCUUCUCCGAGGACCCCUUCGGCAUCCUCUCCGGCUGGUCCUCCGGCGACCCUUCCUUCUGCCUUUGGACGGGCAUCACCUGCGGCGGCGGCGGCGGCGCCGUCGUCGUCUCCCUCAACCUCUCCUCUUCCUCCCUCGCCGGCCCAAUCCCCCCCUCCAUAGGCCGCUUCACCGGACUGGUCUCCCUCGACCUCUCCGGCAACCGCCUCUCCGGUGGAAUCCCGCCGGAGCUCGCCGCCCUCUCCGCCACCCUAUCCGUCCUCCUCCUCUUCUCCAACGACCUCUCCGGCGCCAUCCCCAACUGGUUCGGUUCUCUCUCCUCUCUUCAAGUUCUUCGUCUUGGGGACAACCCCAAGCUUUCGGGGCCCAUUCCUGAAUCUUUGGGGGACCUGCCGGAGCUGAGAGUACUCGGGCUCGCCGCCGGCAACUUCUCCGGCGAGAUACCCAGAAGGCUCGACCGGCUCUCCAAGCUUCGAAGCUUGAUCUUGCAGGACAACUGGUUUUCCGGCGCCGUCCCGCCGGAGAUUGGGAGCUGCUCCGAGCUCGUCGUCUUCUCCGCCUCCGGCAACCAGCUCCAGGGGGAGAUCCCGCCGGAGCUCGGCGAGCUUGGGAAUCUCCAGACGCUGAAUCUCGCCAACAACUCCAUAGCCGGCGAGCUUCCGAGUUCGCUGGGGAACCUGAGUCAACUCGUCUACCUGAACCUCAUGGGGAAUCGCCUUCGAGGAAGGUUGCCGGAAUCCAUGGCGGGGCUGGGCAACCUCGAGACCCUUGAUCUCUCCAGCAACGACCUCGAGGGGGAGUUCCCAGCGGCGAUCGCCGGACUAAGCAGCCUAGUUUUCCUGGUUCUCUCCGGCAACCGAUUCUCCGGCGAGCUCCCUCAGCGAAUCUGCGAGGAGUCAACGAGCUUGCAGCAGCUAUCUCUCUCUACAAACAACUUCUCCGGCGAGCUUCCCGUCGGUCUGGUUCGCUGCUCUGCGCUCCGGCAGCUCGAUCUGGGCAACAAUAGCUUCUCCGGCAACAUCCCGCCGGAGCUGGGGAUGAUGACGAACUUGACGGACCUGCUUCUCAACAACAACAGCUUCUCCGGGGAGAUCCCGCCGGAGCUGGGCAAGCUCAGGAACCUCCAGACGCUUACGCUCUACCACAACGCCCUAACCGGCGGCGUCCCGGCGGGGCUUUCGGAGCUGGGUCAGCUCCAGAUCCUCUACCUCUACGAGAACCAGCUCUCCGGCGAGAUACCGGAGGAGUUGUUCAACUGUACCAGGUUGCAGUACGUCGACUUCUUCGGGAACCAGUUUUCCGGCAACAUUCCCGCCUCCAUCGGCCGCCUGAAGGAGCUCCGGUUCCUCCAUCUCCGGCAGAAUAGCCUGUCCGGCGAGAUUCCGGCGGCGUUGGGGGAUUGCCAUGAGCUCACAGUGCUCGAUCUCGCCGAUAAUCUCCUCUCCGGCGAGAUUCCGGCGAGCUUGGCGGAGCUUCGUGCCCUGGAGAAGUUCAUGCUCUACAACAACUCCCUCUCCGGCGGGCUUCCCAGAGAACUUAUCAAUCUGAGGAAUCUCACCAGGGUGAACCUCUCCAACAAUAAGUUCUCCGGCGGGGUCAUCGUCCUCUCCAGCUCCGGCAACCUCCUCUCCAUGGACCUCACCAACAACUCCUUCUCCGGCGAGAUCCCCUCUCAGCUGGGGGACUCGCCGGAGAUGGAGAGGCUGCGACUGGGCAGCAACCGGUUCACCGGCGGCGUCCCGCCGGAACUGGGGAAGAUGACCGCACUCUCUCUCCUAGACCUCUCACACAAUCUCCUCUCCGGCGAGAUCCCGGAGGAGGUGUCGUCUUGCCGGAAUCUUGCCUACAUCAACCUCGCCGGUAACUACCUCGCCGGAGCUCUCCCUCUCUGGUUCGGCCGUCUUCCCCAGCUAGGGGAGCUCCAUCUGUCCUCCAACAGGUUCUCCGGCGAGGUCCCCGGAGAUCUCUUCAACUGCACCGGUCUCCUGGUUCUGGACCUCUCCGGCAACGCCCUUACCGGAGAAAUCCCACCGGCGAUCGGCGAGCUCCGGUCUCUCAACAUGCUCCGGCUAGACGGCAACAGAUUCUCCGGCGAGAUCCCUGCUACAGUGGGCCAGCUAAGGAAGCUCUACGAGCUUCAACUCUCCCACAAUCUCCUCUCCGGCGAGAUCCCGCCGGAGCUGGGACAGCUGCAGGAGUUGCAGAGCCUGCUGGACCUCAGCUUCAACAAUCUCUUCGGCGAGAUUCCCCCUUCUCUCCAUAGCCUCUCAAAGCUCGAAGAACUCGAUCUCUCCCACAACCAGCUCGCCGGCCAGAUCCCCGAGCAGAUCAUCGAAAUGAGGAGCCUUUUGAGCCUCGAUCUUUCCCACAACCAGUUAACGGGGAAGCUCCAGGAGGAGCUCUCUCACUGGCCGCCGGCGAGCUUCGAGGGGAACCCGGGGCUCUGCGGGAGCCCGCUUCAGCCCUGUCCGGGGGCGGAGUUCUCCGGGAGGAGGCGGCGGCGCCGCUCCAUUCCCCUCCCGGUGUCGAUAUCUCUGAUCUCCGCCGCCGCAACAGUCCUCAUCAUUGUCCUCGUCGCCGGAGCAGCUCUACUUCUCCGGCGGCGCUCUCACCGGCGGCUACGGGAGGUGAACUGCGCGUAUUCGUCCAGCUCCUCCCUCGUGAACCGAGAACUGGUUCUGAAAGCUUCCAUGAGGAGGGAGUUCAAGUGGGGAGAAAUCAUGGUGGCGACGAGGAACCUCAGCGACGAGUUCGUCGUCGGCGCCGGGGGGUCGGGGACGGUGUACAGGGUGGCGCUGCCGUCGGGGGAGACGGUGGCCGUGAAGAAGCUCGCUGGCGGCCAUGAUAGCGACCCGUUUCUGGAGAGGAGCUUCCUCAGGGAGGUCCGAGCCCUGGGCAGGGUCCGCCACCGCCACCUCGUGAAGCUCCUCGGCGUCUGCACCGGCGGCGCCGCCGUGAACUUCCUGGUGUACGAGUUCAUGGAGAAUGGGAGCCUCUGGGACUGGCUCCACCGGCCGGAGACGGAGAAGAAGGAGAUGAAGAAGAAGAUGGGGAGGGGGCUGAGCUGGGAGGAGCGGCUGAGGAUCGCUGUGGGGCUGGUAAAGGGCGUAGAGUACCUCCAUUACGACUGCAAGGAGAGAAUCCUCCACAGGGAUAUCAAGUCCAGCAACGUCCUCCUCGACGGCAACAUGGAGGCCCAUCUUGGGGACUUCGGCCUGGCCAAGGUGGUAGCGGAGAGCCGAUCCACCGCCGGCGACGGCGCCGGUGACUCUGUGGGGUACACGGAUUCCGGGUCCUGCUUCGCCGGAUCUUUCGGAUACAUCGCCCCAGGUAAUCUCCUCACACUGAAUCAAUCUAGCAGGUCCAUGAUUACUACUGUUUAAUAGCUAGUAAACUCAAAAUCUCAGGCAUUUUUUCACUUGGGCAAUUAGGGUUUUGCAGUAAAUUCCUCUAGUCCACCUGUCUUCAUGUAACUCGGUUUCAUUUAUGUAACUCGAGGUCUAGGGUUUCCCACCUAGGGGACGACAAAAUAGAACGCAUUCAAUGAGGUCUAUAUGGGCUCUCCCUGAGUUUUAGGGUUUAAUUUCCCACAUGCAGCACGUAUUUUUACCCUCAACCACAGUUGUUCUUUGAUGUAAUUAGGGUUUAGGAUUCCCCCAUUUUCGUCAACAUUCUAUUUAUAGUAUUUUUAGUGUGUUCACUUUAGAUGGGGACUUUAGGUUUAGGGUUUAACAUCUCACAUGCAGCAUGUAUUUUUUACGUCAUGCAGUCCUACCCUCAACCAUAGUCCUUUUUUUACGUAAGUAGGGUUUACGAUUCCCCCGUUUUUGAAGACAUUCUAUUCAUAGUACUUUUAGUGAGUUAACUUCAGAUGGUCACUUAGGGUUUAGGGUUUAACAUCUCACAUUAUAUUAGGCAGAUUCGUCACAAUUUGAAAUUACUCCAACGAUGGCCAUGGCUGAUUGGUUUAAGGUUCUAUUCAUAGUUAGUUGGGCACUUAGGGUUUAGGGUUUAACAUCUCACAUACGGUGAGAAGAUUCAUCCCCAUUUGAAGUAAACUACUUAUCCACUAAGGGUUUAGUCAACUUCAGACGGACACUUAGGUUUUAAGGUUAAACAUCUCACAUACAGUGAGCAGAUUCAUCAUCAUCUUAAGCAAAAUUACUCCAGUGACAUCUAUGCCGAUUGGUUUAGGGUUUAGGGUUCCACCAUACUAACUUACCUUCAGACGGACACCUAGGUUUUAGGGUUUAACAUCUCAUAUACAGUGAACAGAUUCAUCUCCACUUAAAGUAAAUUGCUCCAAUCAUUGCCAUCGCUGACUAGUUCGCCUUCAAUAUCCUGCAGAGCAUGCAUACUCGAUGAGGGCGACAGAGAAGAGCGACGUCUACAGCAUGGGGAUCGUCUUGAUGGAGCUGGUGACCGGCCGUACGCCGACGGACCCGGCGUUCGGGGAGGGCCCCGGCAUCGCCGGGUGGGCGCGAGCAGCCAUGAACCUUCGGGCCAUGGCGAUGGAGGAGCAGCUUAUCGACCCCACGCUGAGGCCGCUGGCCGCUGGCGAGGCGGCGGCCAUGGCGGAGGUGCUCGAGGUGGCGCUGGAGUGCACCGCGGCGGCGCCGCCCGAUCGGCCAACGUCCAGAGAGGUCGCCAGCAGGCUGGUUCGUGUGGAGGCGGGGAGGGGGGGGCUCUCCGGGAAGAAGAGGACCCCUCAAUGA